UCGAAACCACUGGCGCUACGGGACGACUGAAAACUAUUUCCUUCUCAUUCGUUCUCUUCUAUAUAGUGUGCAGAAAUGGCUGCUAGAUAUGACCGAGCUAUAACAGUCUUUUCUCCUGAUGGUCACCUGUUCCAGGUGGAAUAUGCUCAGGAAGCCGUGAAGAAGGGCUCCACAGCUGUUGGAAUCAGGGGGAAGGACAUUGUUGUUCUGGGUGUUGAGAAGAAGUCAGUGGCAAAGCUUCAGGAAGAGAGGACAGUGAGGAAGAUCUGUGCUCUAGAUGAGCAUGUGUGCAUGGCCUUUGCAGGUCUUACUGCAGAUGCCAGGAUUGUCAUCAACAGAGCAAGAGUAGAGUGCCAGAGUCACAGACUCACAGUGGAAGACCCAGUAACUGUUGAGUACAUCACCCGCUACAUCGCCACACUCAAACAGCGUUACACUCAAAGCAAUGGACGUAGACCCUUUGGUAUCUCUGCCCUGAUUGUUGGCUUCGACUAUGAUGGGACGCCACGUCUAUAUCAGACAGACCCCUCUGGAACAUACCAUGCAUGGAAGGCAAAUGCGAUUGGGCGCAGUGCAAAGACAGUCAGGGAGUUUUUGGAGAAAAACUACACAGAUGAAGCCAUCGCUAGUGAUAACGAUGCCAUCAAAUUGGCCAUCAAAGCCUUACUAGAGGUUGUGCAAUCAGGGGGUAAGAAUAUCGAGCUGGCUGUGAUCCGGAGAAACCAGCCCCUAAAGAUUCUAGAGUCCAAAGAGAUCGAGACGCUGGUCGCCGAAAUCGAAAAGGAGAAAGAGGAGGAGGCUGAGAAGAAAAAGCAAAAGAAGUCUUCAUAAAUCACUGUCAAAGAAUCAGUAGCUCCUCUCAGUUUUGUUUAUAUGGGCAGAAGCACUUGGCUCAGGCUCACACUGUAUCCGCCUGUCGUCCGUCAAGAGCACAGUCUCUCAGACUUCUAGUGAACAUAUUGUUCCUGUAACAUCCUGAAAAGGUUUGAUAAGUGUUGACAUUUUUUUUUAAAUGUUUCAUUCUUGAAAAAAAAAAGAACUUUUUAAAGGAUAGAUCAUGUAAAAAUGAAAAUUCCACCAUAUUUAGUCACCCCCAUGUUCUUCCAAACUCGUAUGACUUUCCUUCCACGGAACACAAAAUGAGGGAUGUUUGCCAGAAUGUUAGCCCCAAUUACUGUUCACUUUCAUUGCAUCUUUGUUUUUCCAUACGAUGAAAGUAAAUGGUGACUGAGGAUAUCAUACUGCUUAACAUCUCCUUUUGUGUUCCAUAGAAGAAAGUCAUACAGGUAUAGAGCUACACAAAGGUGAGUAAAUGAAUAAUUUUCCUUUUUGGGUGAACUAUCCUAAAAACUAUUCCAUUUCAGGGUUAGGGUGAAUUGGACCUCAUAACUGUACUUUAUUCGUAAAGCAUGCAUAGCGGGCAGCAUGCAAGUCUUUUUCACACUUCUGUGAAGCUGCUCUCUACUACAACUGAGAAUUCUGGGGGAGUGUGCUCUGAAUGACGUUUCCUAAUAAACUAUUAUGGUUUGUAUCCAUGGCCUGUUUGGUUUUCAUUGAUGUGAUGAAGUAAUUCAAGCUGUUCUGCAUAAGAGAAGUUUUGGAGC